AUGGAGCGGAGACACAUCCAGGAUGAAUCGUCCGCUGCAUCACUGGAGCAUCACUGGGGCUACGCCGACCGGGUCGUCCCGUGUACCAACGAUGCCGGAACUUGUGAAUACCUGGAUGCCGUCUACUGGAUGAUGGACAUGUCCAUUCUCUACACCUUCAUUUUGUGGGCAGUCAUCGGCGGUCUGCUAGCCCUUUGGGUAUUCCUGCGCUUUGCCAAGCCAAGCAGAAAGACCUUCUCCAAAAUGUUCCAGGGAAAGGGGGAUCUCGAGGCGCCUGCGAAAAGAGAUCUCCAAAGCAGUGUAUACAGGACAUAUAGAACCACGGUGGUGUCGCUGAGGAGAUGGCUUUUGCCAGAGACGCUAAGGAGCGUUUUCGGCAACAUCUCCCGACUCCAGGUAUUGAUACUUGCCUGCAUCCUUGGAUAUCUUCUCAUCUUCUCGCUCGUGGGGACCGUUUACAAGACCUGGAUCACUCCGGUCAAGACGAUGCCAGGCGUCUACAACACUCGCACCGGUUUUGGAGGCUUUGCAGACAGGGUCGGUGCAUUCGCAUAUGCCCUUACUCCGUUUACCGUUCUUCUUGGCUCCCGCGAAAGUGUGCUUUCACUUCUCACCGGCGUUCCGUACCACCACUUCAACUUUCUGCAUCGCUGGACUGGUCGCAUUAUCUUCAUUCAGUCUUUCCUGCAUACUCUCGGCUGGACCAUCAUCGAGGGUAAGCUCUAUCAGCCACAGCCUACUGUGUUCAAGGAGUGGAUUGCCCAACAGUACAUUAUCUUCGGCAUCGUCGCCAUGGUGUUCAUCACUUUCCUUUAUAUCUUCAGCAUCAAGAGCGUUAUUCGAUGGACCGGCUAUGAGUUCUUCAGGAAGGCACACUACAUCGUGGCAGUGCUGUAUUUGGCAGCAUGCUGGGGCCACUGGACCAAGCUCGCGUGCUGGAUGAUUGCAAGCCUUGGCUUGUUCUUCAUCGACCGAGGCUGCCGUCUCCUGCGCGUCGGCCUUAUCCACAGCGGCUACAAGAGCGGCAACAAAGGCUUCGGGUUCCGCGCCGCCCAGUCGACUCUCCAAGUCUUCGACGACGGCGACUCUAUUGUUGUACGCAUGGAUUUCGAGCACAACCACGACCCCUGGAAGCCGGGUCACCACUUUUACCUCUGCUUCCCGGAGCUCACCAUCUGGCAAUCGCACCCCUUCACGCCCUCCUCCCUGCCGGCGCCGCAUCCUGCGCUCCCGAAGCACACCUAUCUCAUCCGCACCGAACAAGGGGAGACCAAGCGCCUGGCCGACCUCGCUCUGUCCGCCGAGCGCUGCGCGGAGAAGAAGACCACCCCCGUCAUUCUCACGGGUCCCUACGGCACCGCCGUCUUCGACUCAGACAGUGAGACCAACGGCCAGAUCGACAACUACCUCUGCAUCGCCGGCGGCACGGGCGUCAGCUUCACGCUGCCCAUCGCCACCGCCGCGGCACAGGCCGGCGCCGCCACCGUCGACCUCAUCUGGAUCCUGCGCAAGACGGACAACUUGGCAUGGCUGCGGCCCGAACUGCUCGACCUCAAGGCCCGCAUGGACGCCGGCGCCCUGCCCAACCUGCGCAUCAAGAUCUUCGUCACGCGCGACAGCGAGAUCGCCGCCGCCCGCACCAAGGCCGGCGAGAAGGACGUCGACGCGUGCGUCUGCGCCGUGUCGUCGCGCGUGUCCGACAUCCUGGCGCCGCAGGCCGGCUUCGAUGUCGAGUGGCUCGAGGACCACCACCCGGACGUGCGCGAGUGCCUGUCCGACUUCAAGGAGCGCGCGGCCGCUGCUGGUGGGCGCUGUCAGGUCGUCGCUAGCGGACCCAAGAGCUUGGGUACCGAUCUGCGGAACGCCAUCGCGGAGAAGAGUGAGGCGGGGAGGGUGUGGAGGGGAGACGAAAGCCACGACAUCGACCUCUACUGGGACGAUAGAAUGGGCUGA